AUGAUGAAUAGUUUUCACAGAAUAAAUAAUAUAAAAUAGUUCGAAGCCAAAACUAAAGUGCCAAAAUCUAAAAGCAUGACUUCGUCGUGCUGCAAAAUUUUUUAUAAUAAUUAACUUUUUUCCCAGAAUCCCGGAGGUGGACGAAUUUAACACUUCAGAAAGAAUUGAUAAUGGAGAAAGGCUUCAAACAGAAUAUGCAGAAGAAGAUACAGAAGAGCAACUUUUAUGUAUAAAGCAAGAAUUAAAACGAUGAAUUGAACUUGCGAUUGCACUUAUGUUCUCUUUUAUUAUACUUGCGACUUAUGAGAAUUUAAAAUUGCCAAUAGAAUUAGCUCUGAUUCCUUUGAUGAUCCUUGAUAUAAAAACACUAUCAUUUAAGAUUACUUUAUUCAAAAGAACUGAAUUGUAUAAGUUUACUUACUACUCCUUUCUGUGACAAGGAAAAUAAUUGGAAAAAUCCUUUUUUGGGAAAAAGAACACUGUGAGUGAGCAAAAAUUUUUUUGAUAUUUAGAUAGUAAUUAAUACAAUGAAAUCUCUAACUAAUUCUCUGAAUUUUAAAAAGCUUAUAAAUUUUUGCUUUCUAAUGUUGAAAGCCAAGAUAUUUUUAAUUUUACAUUAAAAUUUAUAAAAAAUUAACUCCGAGCAAAAUACUUUGUUGACUAGCCGAGCAGGAGGAGUUAGAAUACCAAUUCGAAAAGAUUAUUUAAAAGAUAUUUUAGAAGCAUUUAGUUCUAUAUGUUUUAAAAUUUUACUGAUAAUCUGAAAUCAGACGAAGGAAAUUCCAUUUUUUGCGACAACAAUUCCAUUAGGAGUCUCUUUAGUCUUACAGAUAUUUUUUAAAUCUUUGACUGUCCAUGAAUGUCAAUCAUUCUCGAAAAUGGUAUAAUCUAUACAGUUUUUUUUCGUCGGAAGAUGGUUCAGGUUUUUUUCACUCUUAACAAUUGGUCUUAAGCUAGACGGAUACUUAAACUGGGGCUGAAUCGAGACAUUGUGGCCUAUCUGAAUCUCAUUGUGCUUUAUGGGGCUAAUAAGUUUAGGAGUCCUUUUGCUGUUAUUAGGUGCUGUUUUAUCUUAUCUGUCCCGGGAAACCAAAAUAGAAGAAGUAUUAGCAUCACUAUGACUGUUAUUUACGACUGCAGGGUCAACUAGCAGUACUUCUAUGUUUUUUAUGUGCUUAAUUAGUAUUCUAAAUGACGAUCCAGUUAUGAGCAUAAGCGAAAUCAGCUUAUUCCCUUUAUUUUUCCUAUUAGUUUUCAUCAUAUCUACCUCUCUAUGCAGAAACAUCCUUUCUAUAUGGUGAAAAGCGUUUUUUACUAGUAAUAUAGAGGUCAUUGGGGCAGUCCCAUCUAAUUUAGAUGGCAGACCUCUACCUCUGCCAGAAUCCCAAGCUCGGAUGGCAAGAAACCAAAGCUUGUCACACAGAAUUAUUAAUGUAAUGCAGACAACUCCUAGAGUUUUAAUUAGAAAAACAAGCACAUAUUUCCAGCCAGCUGAACACCCUAUCGAGCUAAGUAAGUUAAAGCAUGUGAGAACUCGCAGUGCAAAAUUUGACAACAUAAACUCUGAUAUUUGUAUAGUAAAAUUUAUAUAAAUAUUUUUUUAAAAAAUAAAAAAAAAUUUAAAAAAAUUGAUAUUUGUUUCCAAAACUUAGAAAAUAACCGACACAAACGAGCAGCAAGUACAAAUGUAAAAGAUAUAAAAAAAAUUACGUUGGGUAAAGAAAACAGUGGCUUAAUACCUAGGCACUCAAGUGAUAUGUCUUUUGCUAAUAAAACCUGCGUCAUGUGCUGUGAAAAUUUAUGUAAUGCAGUCCUUAUGGACUGCGGCCAUGGUGGCCUGUGCUAUGAAUGUUCAUUAAAGCUCUGGAAAAAUCAAGGAAUCUGCCAUAUGUGCAGAAACGAAAUAAACCAAGUUCUACAGAUAGAAAUCGAGCCUAGUAAAGUGCUAAAAGUAUUAUCAACCACAAGAGCUGUAUACGAAGAAUCGGAUAAUGAGCCAAACAUAACCCAGAAUAAUAAUUAA